UUUCAUAUUAUUUUUGAACAUAACAAAGUCAGAACAAUGUCAACCAACAAUUCAAGUAAUGGAUCUGAAAAUUUUGAAGGUUAUAUAAGAGAGGAGCCAAGGGAAAGUUUGGAGGAUGUUCAUUAUAAUGGUCAUGCCAGCGGUGAUGAAAAUAUGGAAGAUCAAGUCGAGCAUUCACGCCUUCAAGACGGCCAUCAACCAAAUUCUCAAUCAGUUAGUGAUGAUGAAGAAGACAUGGUUAAGUUAGAUAACAAUGACCUCAACUACGAUGAUUAUGACGAUUAUGAAGGGGAGGCUAGGGAAAGGGUUGAAAGCAACAAUUCGAGCAUGAUUGGUGUUAGCGAUUCUGAGGGCGAGGAAGCUGAUGAUGUCCAAAAAGCAGAUCAAAAAUGUGAAAAGAGGAUGGCUGUAAAUAACGAUUUUGAAGAAAAUGAAGCUGGGGAUUUGCCCGAGGAUGAUGAUGGCAUUGAAAAGCAAAAGGAAAUUAAAAAUAAAAAGGAAGUUGAAGAAUUAGAAGAAGGCGAACUUGAGGAUGAGGACGAUGAAGAGGAAAUUGAAGAGAAAAGUUCUUCGCCUCCACUUAUGGUCAGCUCUUCACAGUCCAGUAUUUGUCUACCUUCCUUAGUUUCAAGUCUAAAUGCAGCUCAACCGAUAGAAUUGCCUUUGCCUAUAGUUGAACCUAUUCAAACAUUUAAACCUAGGGAAGUUUGUCGUUUCUAUCUUCGGGGGAUUUGCAAGAAUGGCGAAGCAUGUCGUUUUAAACAUUGUACACAGUCAGUAGUACAGGUUUUUUAGGAAUAUUUUUUAAUUUGUCAGUUAAAGUGUUCAGUCGGAUAUCACUGGGAGAUACGUACAUCAUAUUUAAGAUGCAUUUUUUGGAUUAUCGGGUGGAGUAUCAAAUCCAUUUUGAGGGAGAUUCAGGUUCGUUGCCUGGCUGCAUGUGGGAAGUCCCCCACCUGAAAAAAAUCCUUGUUAAUGACAUGGUAGCACUUCAACAUGUCUGUGGGGGAGGGAAUCG